AAAAGAGGAGAGGCGGAGUCCGCUUCCACAAUCUGCUGAUGGGGUACGUCCUCGGCCACCUGGCUGUGACCACCAGGCGCAGGCCGGAGGUGCUCACCUGGGCGACGAAGGAGGACGUGGCCUGCGCGGAAGUGUUUGCGGACGGGACCGGCUUCAGGAUUUUGGUCGACGAGCAAGGAGAGGCCGACGGAGCYGGGGGCCCGGCAUCCUUCCAGCUGAACCAGGAGGAGUACGGCUGGCUGGACCGCCUCACCCGGACCCCCUGCUGCUCCGGGACCUCCUCGUGCCGUUUCCUCUUCCACUCCGUCCACGGCGCCCGGCUGUGCAGACCCGGGAGUGUUCUGCAGGAGGCCUGGCUGGACGCCGGCCUGAAGGGAGCGGCCAGCUUCUCGGGGCCCCAGGCCACCUUCUCGGGGCCCCAGGCCACCUCGACCGACGCUGACGCCGGCCCGCCGGCCGCCCCGGGUUCCUCGCACGACGCCGGGGACGAGGAGGACGCCCCGGAGUCACGUUCGGGCAGCGGCGCGGAGGACCGGGCUGGAUGGGUUGGAGAGCCGCUGCUCUCCAACGCAGGGGACGUCAGCCAGGACCUUCUCCUUCUGCCCUCCCACUCGGUGCCGGCGGACUCGUCAAGCUCCGAUUUUGAAGAUGAGUUCUCCUUUACACUUAAAAGGAAAUCGGUCGAUUGCACAGAUAGCGAAAGGAGCGGUACAAAAAAACUGAACAAAUCCGGACAAGAAACGAUUGGCACCCGAAUUCAAAAUACCGCAGCACACCGGGUCUCUACAAAGCCCCCCCGUUAUCAUCACAGCGGCAGGUUCCGGCCUCCUCUUCUGCGGGGUCACGGGGCGGAGCCGCUUUGUCCGGUUUCCAGAACCGGGCGACUUCUGCAAAUCCAGCAGGUGUUUAUGGGUUCGGUGCAACAGGGGUGGGACCCUUAGUUGGCAAGAAGGAAUCUGCCGCUGCCGCAGGGAACCGACGUCCGUCGUCCUUUUCCGGGAGGCGUAAGUCCCCCCCGGCUAGUGCCGGUCAAAAAGAAAUGGCAGCUGAGGCAGGAAAACAGCAUCCCUCGUGUUUUUCUGGGUGGCAGAAACGAUUGGGACCUUCCGGGCGACCAAACUGGGUAAGGGUGCCUCCGCCCUUGCCCACAAAGCCCUCUGACAGCGACUCAGAAUAGGUUUUACGGUCCACAGCUUUAGGGUUCAACUGUUUUUUUCCACAGUAGUUGGCAUAGUUCAAGCCACAUUUUCAUUUCCCUCAUUUAUUUAUUUUUUUCCCCUUUGCUGCCAAUAUUGUUUAAACUGUUGAUAUAUUUCUUUCUAUAUUUUUUGUAUUAUUUUAAUUUUGUUCAAAUUUCAAUCAUUUUUGUAAAAUAAAGAAAAGUUCAUUCAUUUCAAGUAAACAUUGGUUUUUAUUGUCUGGCAGAAAUGUGC